AUGACGGAGCUGCUGCAACGACAGCAACAAUUAUGCCGAUCGAUCGCUCGAUACCUCGAUAAUUUCAAGAAGAUCGGACGAGCCAAUCUGACGGCCGCGAAGGUGCGAUCUCGAAUUUCGGCUCUUAAAGAUCUCUGGAUCCAGUUCCAAGACGGGCAUGCCUCUCUGGUGAACUCGACUCCGCUCCCCGCGCAGAAGACGAUGGACUAUUUCACCGAGCAUCGCUACGACGAGACGGAGGACACUUAUCGCGCAGCAUUGGACCACAUGUCGGAGGAGCUGGAAGAGUUGGAUCCACCUCGACAUCAUUCUCUGUUGCACACGAGCCCGCGAGCUGAACCCUCUUUAUCGAAUGACCUGCCCGGUCAACAAACGAAAAUGCGCGCGGAGAAUAAACUCGAGGUGAACUCGAUGUUGGCCUCUCCGAUGAGAGCGAAACCAUCGCGGAUUAUUCUAGCGACAGCUCGCGUAAGAGUUGGCGUGGUCGAAGGUCGCUCGGUAGAAAUACGAGCCUUGUUAGAUCAGGGCUCCGAAAUGUCCUUUAUUUCUGAAUACCUAGCUCAAUUGUUACGGGUUAAACGCAUACGAAUGCCGACGUCGGUUUCUGCCGUCGGUUGCGUGGAUGCCGGGACCUUCAAGUACGCCGCUCGAAUCUGUGUCUCUCAUCGCGAUGUAAGCGCUCCAACCUUUAACACUACUGCUUUAAUUUUAACUUCUUUAACCGCGUACGCUCCGCAAAGCGAUGCGGAUAUCGCCUCGUUUUCUCAUUUGGCGGACCUUGCAUUUGCGGAUCCGGAUCCAACGAGCAAGGAGCCUAUUCACCUCAUUCUCGGCGCGGAUCUGUAUGGGGAGGUCAUUCUCGGGGGCUUGCGCAAGGGUUCACUCGGCGAGCCUAUCGCGCAAGAUUCAAUUUUCGGAUGGGUCAUAUCGGGACCACUCUCUCCAUCCUCUCCCGCGUCACCUCCUUCACCUCUUUCUCCUGGAGAUGCUCGGAUGUCGCAUCACGUCUCCGUUUAUCAUUGUCUCAACACUACCUCACUGAAGGACGAAAUCAGACGAUUUUGGGAAAUUGAGGACUUUCCCACUCGUUUAAUUGCCACGCCUGACGACGAGAAGUGCGAAAUGCAUUUUCGCUCUACACAUACUCGUACGCCAACGGGGCGUUAUAUCGUCAGGUUGCCUUUUCGCCGUGAUCCUCCCAUUGAUAUCGGGGAGUCUCGCCAACGAGCCGAGCAACGGCUGAACGCGCUCUUUCGACGGUUUGGUGCACAUCAGAAGCAGUUCGCUGAAUAUCAGGCGUUUAUUCGGGAGUAUGAGCGUCUCGGUCAUUUGCGUAAACUGCCUGCCGCCGAGGACCGCCCGGAUCCGUGUGUCUAUCUCCCUCACCAUCCCGUUUUCCGUGAUUCCAGCAGCACCACACGUCUGCGUGUCGUGUUCGACGCUUCAAGUCUCACGUCGAACGGUUCGAGUCUCAAUAAUCACCUUUUAACAGGGCCCAAACUUCAAACGGAUUUAUCCGCCGUGAUACUGCGUUGGCGUCAAUUUCGCUUUGUGUAUUCAGCCGACAUCGCGAAGAUGUACAGGCAGAUUCUUGUAGACGACCGCGAUCUUAAUUUCCAAAGAAUUUUGUGGCGUGACUCCUCCCGUGAAUCCGCCGUCGACUAUCAAUUACUCACAGUCACUUACGGGAUGGCGUGUGCACCCUUUCUCGCGUUACGCGUUAUUCAGCAAUUAGCUCAGGACGAAGGGGAACGGUAUCCCAUGGCGGUGCCCAUUUUGCAAGAGCAUAUUUACGUCGACGACGUGCUGUUCGGUCACGACGACUUGAACGCUCUACGUGCCACGCGAGAUCAAUUAGUUUCAUUAUUACGUCGCGGCGGGUUCGAACUUCGGAAAUGGGCAGCCAAUUCAGCAGCUCUCCUUUCUGAUAUUGAUGACUCAGAGCACGGAACCGCGUGCGACAAAUCCUUGUCUCACUCUGACAAUCUUAAUAUCCUCGGCGUUGAAUGGAAUCCAGUCCUCGAUUCUUUUCAGAUUCGGGUGUCCAUGUCCGAUGACCUUCUCCGCACCAAGCGUUCCAUUCUUGCCGCCAUCGCUCGAUUAUACGAUCCUCUCGGAUGGGUCACCCCUGUGAUUCUCUCUGCCAAAGUUUUGAUGCAGACACUUUGGAGAAAUGGACUCUCAUGGGACGAGCCGAUUCCGCCCUCGCUAUCCUGUCGCUGGCAACAAAUCUGCGACGGUAUUUCGCGGUUGAGUAACCUGAGACUGCCGCGGUGGUCCGGGUUCACCGCUGAUUGUGAGCUCGAGCUCCACGGAUUCGCGGAUGCAUCAACCGUCGCAUAUGCUGCCGCCGUGUAUUUAAAGGUCGUCGAUUCCUCUCAGACCGUCACUAUCAGCUUAUUACUAGGUAAAUCGAGAGUUGCUCCUUUGAAGCCGCUCAGCAUACCUUGA